AUGGCGUCUCCGGACCAUGAUGAGGAUAUUGCCGAAGGGGAUUUUUUGGAUGAGAGUGAUAUAAUAAAUGAGUAUGAUGUUGAUGAAGAAGAACUUCCUGACGCAGACGAGGAAGGUGGCUCUGAUGGAGAAGACGAUUCUGACGGGAUUGAUGAUUCAACACAUAUAUUCACUGGUCAUACAGGUGAACUGUACGCUGCUGCAUGUAGUCCAACAGAUGCUGCUUUAGUGGCAACUGGAGGUGGAGAUGAUAAAGGAUUUUUGUGGAAGAUUAAUCAAGGAGACUGGGCUUUUGAGUUGCAAGGUCACAUGGAGACUGUAUCCAGUUUAUGCUUCAGUGCGGAUGGACAAUUGCUUGCUUCCGGAAGCUUGGAUGGAAUUGUUAAAGUGUGGGACAUAGCCAGAGGCGAACUGAAGUGUACCCUUGAUGGUCCUAGCGGAGGCAUUGAGUGGGUCAGGUGGCAUCCAAAAGGGCAUUUAGUCUUGGCCGGUUCAGAGGAUUCCUCAAUCUGGAUGUGGAAUGCUGACAGAGCUGCUUAUCUGAAUGUUUUCAACGGUCAUGGGGGUAGUGUCUCAUGUGGCGAUUUUACACCUGACGGUAAAACAAUUUGUAGUGGUUCUGAUGAUGCAACUUUGAGAAUUUGGAACCCAAAAACUGCUGAAAUUAUCCAUGUUGUUAGAGGUCAUCCUUAUCAUACUGAAGGGCUCACAUGCUUGACUAUAAACUCCGACUCUACUCUUGUGCUUAGUGGUUCGAGUGACGGCUCUGUUCAUGUUGUCAAUAUAUCAAGUGGAAGGGUUGUCAUUUCUUUGAGCGCCCACUCAGAUUCAGUCGAGUGUGCUGCCUUUGAACCAAGGGCAGCUACAGGUGGCAUGGAUAAGAAGCUCAUCAUCUGGGAUCAACAUUCUUCACCUCGUUGCAUAUGCGACCAUGAGGAAGGAGUCACAUGUUUGGUGUGGCUUGCUGGCUGUAGAUAUGUAGCCACUGGUUGUCUUGACGGGAAAGUACGAUUGUGGGACAGUCUCUCGGGGGAUUGUGUCAAAACAUUCAGAGGGCACUCAGAUGCCAUUCAGUCUAUAGCUUUGUCUUUGAGUGGCGAUUAUUUAGUAUCAGUUUCGAUCGAUGGUACAGCUCGGGUGUUUGAGAUAGCUGAGUUCAAGUGA